AGUCCAAAAAUAAUUUCUACUGAUACAAACUACAAAUUUAGGACAAAUCAUGGAUUUCUUUACCACUCUUAUUUUGCUGUGUGUGGUCGUGAUCCUCUUAACGUUGGUCAGAUGGAGAAAUACAGCACAGAAGCUUCCUCCAGGACCUCUAGCCCUGCCUCUGCUUGGCAAUGUCCUCUCUCUGGACACCCGUGCACCUUUUAAAACCUUUGUGGAGUGGAGCAAGACUUAUGGAACUGUGAUAACAGCAUAUUUGGGACCCCAGCGAGUGGUCGUCUUGGUGGGGUACGACACAGUCAAGGAAGCACUCGUUGACAGGGCGGAUGACUUUGCAGGGAGAGGCCCGAUACCAUUCUUUGACAGAGUUGUAAACGGCUAUGGGCUCGCUGUCAGUAAUGGAGAACGCUGGCAGCAGCUCAGAAGGUUUACAAUCACGACAUUAAAAGAUUUUGGAAUGGGACGCAAGAGGAUGGAGAAGUGGAUACAAGAAGAAUGCCAAUACCUGCUGGAGGCUAUCAGAGAAACCAAGUCCGAUCCAUUCGAACCCACGUUUUACCUCAGCCGAACGGUCUCCAACAUCAUCUGUGCAUUAGUGUUUGGACAGCGCUUCAGUUAUAAUGACGUCCACUUCCUCCGCCUGCUCGAGAUAUUUUCGGAAGGACUGAAGUUUGGCAGCAGCACAUGGGGGCAGUUGUAUAAUGUCUUCCCAUGGCUGGUGGAGCUUUUAGGAAGCAGGCAUCUUAAAAAAAUAGACAGUUUGAAUGAAGUUAAGGUCUUUUGUAUGAACAGAAUACAAAAGCACAGUAAGAGUAUCGAUCCUGACGACCCACGAGAUUUCAUCGACUGCUUCCUUAACCGCCUUAACCAGGAGAAGGACAAUCCCAAUACUGAGUUUACAUAUGACAACAUGGUUGCCACUGUACUUGAUUUAUUCUUGGCUGGGACCGAGACCACCAGCCACACUGUCAGAUAUGCUCUUACGUUACUGGUCAAGUACCCUGAAAUACAAGAGCGCAUGCAGAAGGAGAUCGACGCUGUGAUCGGACAAGACAGAAGCCCUUCAAUGGAGGACAAGAUGUCCCUCCCGUUCACAGAUGCAGUGAUCCACGAGGUGCAGCGCUACCUGGAUCUUGCACCUUUUAACGUUCCCCAUUGUGCUUUACGUGACAUCACAUUCAGAGGCUUCACAAUUCCUAAGGGCACCGUUAUUUUACCCCUGCUUCACUCUGUUCUGAGGGACGAGGUGCAGUGGGAAUCGCCCUGCGUGUUCAACCCCGAACAUUUUCUGGACUCGGACGGCAGCUUCAAGAAGAACCCUGCGUUCCUGGCUUUUUCUGCAGGUAAGCGAUCCUGCGUGGGCGAGUCUCUGGCUCGUAUGGAGCUGUUCAUCAUCAUCGUGUCCCUGCUGCAACAUUUCACCUUCAGCAGCCCUGGUGGACCCGAGACGUUGGACCUGUCGCCCGAAAUAAGCGGCUUCGCCAGCCUUCCCCGCAAGUACCAGCUCAUCGCCACCCCCCGCUGAACACGCACAGCACAGCAGGGUAACGGUUCAGGCUUCAUGAUGCCAGAGCAAACAUUCUAGGUUGCAGCUUAAUGUUCACUUAUAUUAUGCUUAAUAUAUAUAUAUAUAUAUAUAUAUAUAUAUACAGUG